AUGGACUACUCCGGCCGGGUGAACGCCAAAAAAGGCGGCGGUGGUGUUGCUGAUACCGCAGAGACAAACGCUCAUACAAAAAGACGCUUACAGGAACUUUUAACGACACAUGUUCUAGACAUCGAAUCAGACCCUUACGUCUUCAGGAAUCAUUUAGGUAUACUAGAGUGUCGUCUUUGCUCCACAACUCAUGUUAACGAAGCCUCUUAUAUCUCUCACCUUAGUGGACGAAAACACCAGCUCAAUCUUGAAAAAAGACGACGGCUUGAUCAGCGAGCCAGUGGAGAAACAGGACCGGUUUCUUUCAGUAUUAACAGCAUUCCCAAACGAACAUGGACCAAAAUCGGCAAGCCGGCGUUCAAAAUGACCAAAAUCUGCGAUCCCAAUACUUCUCGUAUGGGAAUCUUGGUGACGGUGAAAUGCCCCAAAGCCGUCGAUGAACCGAUGUUUCGUUUGAUGUCUUAUUACGAACUCACGGCUUACAACCAAAAAGCAGUCGACACAAAGAACCCAGAAAAAUACCUUUAUUUGGUUGUUUCGGCUGAACCGUACGAAAACAUAGCUAUGGCCAUUCCUAAUCGACCCAUAAUCAAGCCUGAUAUGGACCAAAUGUCAGACGAUUAUUGGUGGUACUGGGACCACGAUACGAAGGAGUUUGUGGUUCAGAUUGUGUACAAAUGA